UUUGGUAUAAUCAAAAUGAAAUUCUUCCUCAUCGCUAUCCUCAUGGGCCUGAUGGUUGUUGGGAUCCGCUCAGAUGGUGAAGAUGCUGGAGGUGAAGAUGCUGGAGGUGAAGAUGCUGGAGGUGAAGAUGCUGGAGGUGAAGAUGCUGGAGGUGAAGAUGCUGGAGGUGAAGAUGCUGGGGGUGAAGAUGCUGGAGGUGAAGAUGCUGGAGGUGAAGAUGCUGGAGGUGAAGAUGCUGGAGGUGAAGAUGCUGGAGGUGAAGAUGCUGGAGGUGAAGAUGCUGGAGGUGAAGGUGAAGGUGAUGAUGACAGUAGUGCACUUAGCAUGUCCAUCGCCGCAGUUCCUCUUCUCAUGGCCGUCCUUCGUUUAUAAAAAUCUCAACUCGAUCGAAAUCACGGAAAACAUGCGACUCUGACUAAGCAAAGAAUCUUAAAAACCUUGGAGUUAUUUUUUCAAGAAGGAACUCCUUUAUAUUUUGAUGAGGCUUAUUGCAACAUCAUUUUGAAUGCCGUGAUUGAAAUAAGAAACUGAAUCAAACGACACGCUUUGUUUCUUUUUAGAAUUUUGAAUAAUUGUCAGUUAUGUAAUAAACCGUUAGCAUAGAAUGUUUAUCUUAUAUUUUGUUUCUA